CGUCACCGUGUUGUUGCGGAAGUGCCGGGCAACGUCGUGUCGGUGGUCCACUACUACGCUUGCAAGUGGCAUUCAUCCCUCGGUCCAGACAUAUAAGUUACUAGUUUGUGUUUGUUGACGCCGCAUUUGUGUUGCAGCCACAUCGUUGACUCCAGCAAAACGUGAGCAAUGGCGGCUCUGAAGUACGCAGGUAUGGACGAUACGGACAGCGAGGACGAGUUACCGCCUGGCUGGGAAGAGAGAUCCACGAAAGAUGGAUGGGUCUAUUAUGCGAGCCACGACGAGAUGAAGACACAGUGGGAACACCCCAAGACAGGAAAGAAGAAGCGCUGUGCUGGAGAUUUACCGUAUGGUUGGGAGCAAGAAGUUGAUGAAAAAGGACAGAUAAUUUAUGUUGACCACAUUAACAAGCGGACCACAUAUUUUGAUCCGCGCCAGGCAUUUACAGUAGAGGACGUUGUGGUGAAGCCAAAGCGGUACGAUGGAAACACUGCUGCUCUAGAGAUCCUGCAAGGUCGCGACCUCUCUGACAAGGUUGUCCUGAUUACCGGGGGCAACUCGGGCGUCGGGUUUGAGACAGCCAGGUCUUUUGCUCUUCACGGCGCCCAUGUGAUCCUGGCGUGUCGAAACCUGUCCCGGGCCAGCAAGGCUGUUAGCCUCAUCCAGCAGGAGUGGCACAGAGCAAAAGUAGAAGCCAUGAUGUGUGACCUGGCCUCUCUCCGCAGUGUCAGGGAGUUUGCAGAGUCUUUCAAGGCCAAGAAACUGCCCUUGCACAUUCUGGUGUGUAAUGCAGCAGUGUGCACUCAACCCUGGAGCCUGACGGAGGACGGCCUGGAGUCCACCUUCCAGAUCUGCCAUCUAGGUCACUUCCUCCUUGUCCAGUGCCUACAGGACGUGCUGCGUCGCUCCGCCCCCGCCCGUGUUGUGGUUGUUGCUUCAGAGUCUCACAGGUUCACAGACCUGAUGGACUCAUGUGGCAAGGUGGACCUAGCCCUGCUGUCUCCCCCGAAGAAGGAGUACUGGUCCAUGCUGGCUUACAAUCGGGCAAAACUCUGUAACAUUCUCUUCAGCUAUGAGCUCCACCGCCGCCUCUCCCCUCAUGGCGUCUCCUCCAACGCAGUGCACCCUGGGAACAUGAUGUACACCUCAAUCCAUCGCAGCUGGUGGCUGAUGACCUUUCUCUUCACGCUGGCCAGACCUUUCACCAAGUCGAUGCAACAAGGGGCGGCCACCACGGUGUACUGUGCCGCGGCCCCGGAGCUGGAGGGGUUGGGAGGCAUGUACUUCAACAACUGCUUCCGCUGCCUGCCGUCCACGCAGGCCCAGGACCAGAGCAGCGCUGCCAGUCUGUGGGAGCUGAGCGAACGCCUGGUCGCAGAGACGUCAGCAGGCGUGCAGGCCCUCUGAUGGACGUGAGGAGGGGGAGGAGGAGGGGGGACUAGCCAAACUGUAUUCAAAGAGGAAGGAUUGGUGGGUCGUGGUGACUUCCACUUAGAUAUAAACUGAAUAAAAGAUAAACUGCACUCUGACUGCACUAAACAAGAGCUGCCAACCACAGAAGUCCAUCACGUGACUACAGGGGCUAAAACACAGUACAUAUACAGUACAGGACGGGGUUUCAUAUACACUCUACUGGAAAAAAUCGAACUGUGUCCAGCUCUGCUGUGGUACUUUACAGUGGAGGGAGGUCUGGGAUGAAUUCAGUUCGGUUUGUUCUUUCUCUGUUUUUGUCUUUUUAUAAAUCUGUCAUGUUUUCUCCGUUUCACAACUUCCAUUCAAAAGAGUUGGGAUUGAAAAAGGAAAUGACCUGUAAGACUAAGGCGCCUGAUUCCAGUGAUAGUGCACCACAUGGCAAAUAUUGUGUCUCCCAAUUGUUGUGUGUAUAUUCAGUAUCCUCUUGUCUAGCUCUGUGUAGAUGUUGACGUUUCCUAUUGAGAUACAGUAAGUCAUUUGUUAAUCAUUGUGCUAAAUCUUUUUGGGGCACAGAAGAAAUGAGGAGUAAUGGGCAUGUGACACUUAUGGAUAUAUAAACACACUAGAAGUAUGAAUUCUUAUGGCCAUAUACAUUAUUCUGCAAUAGUUUUAUUUCUUAUCAACGUCCCUAUUUGUUUUACUGUACAAUAUUUACAACAUCCUGAUUUCUGGGCAUGUGCUAAAAGGGUGUGGACAUCAUCUUUUUGUUUUCAUCUUUGACUCAGCCUAAGUUGUAAUAAUCUAUACUCUGGUAAGUCUUCAUUACAAUUUGUUGGUAUUUAUCGGUGUCCAUUUGAAUGAGAAAUACAGAUGGUGGAGAAUCUUAUUUCCAGAGUCUGUGAUCUUUAAUUUCUGUGUUUCUUCCCUCGUUGUUUGACCAGAAAAAUAUGAGUGAUUUCACUGUUUGUUUUUGUUUUUCAAUCAUCGUUGUUUUAAUGUUGAAUUCUGGCUCUGGGUUGGGUGUGGAUCGGUUGCCCUAAAGCCGCUUGUUUGGACGCUUUUGAGACAUUGUGCUUUAUGGCGAACCUGGGUGCCAAAGGUUGCUCUUGAAACAUCAGCAUUCCAGUGUCAUGAUACCUGAAAAAAAAGAGAGAGAAGGAGAGAGGACUUUCAGUAAGAUUCUGUUUAACAAUCAGAAAAUGUGUGCAAUAUCAUUUUCACACACAGAGAUUGAAAUGUCCAUCCAGGUGCGCGCCAUCAGAGGGAGAUAUUCGUGUAGAGAGCUGCAGCGACAUUGUCAAGUCCGACCAAAUGUUUCCGAGAAGACAAAUGUGUCCCGGCUGUAUUCACAGAGCAUCUGUACUAGUGUGUUUGAUGAUACAUUUAAUAAAACAAUAGGAACUUG